CGAAACUAUAAGUAAGCCAGUUCCUGAUGUUUUUGUCGAAACAUGAAAUUCGUCGAGGGAAAGGUUGUGCUCCUUGGCUCUCAAGGAGUUGGAAAGACCAGCUUGAUUAACAGAUAUGUUAAUAAAACGUUCAACCCCCAUGUCAAUCCAACAAUAGGCGCCUCAUUUUUUACUUGUAAAAUCAAUUUGGAUGAAGCAAGGAUUAAAAUGCAAGUAUGGGACACAGCCGGCCAAGAAAGGUUCCGCUCAAUGGCACCCAUGUAUUACCGAAACUCGAACGCCGCGAUCCUCGUAUUCGAUAUAACGUCGUACAAGUCAUUUACUGCCAUAAAAUCAUGGGUAAUCGAGCUCAAACGUAACGUGGAAGAAUCAAUGGUUCUCGUUCUCGUGGGCAACAAAGUUGACUUAGCUUACAAAAGGAACGUGGACACGGAGGAGUGUAUGCGGUACGCUGAGAGCAUAAAUGCCUCGUACUUUGAAGUUUCAGCCUUGAACGACGAGGGUGUCGACAAAGUGUUUAUAUCCACUGCCAUGUCUCUUUUACGCCUCACCGGCGAUCAUGAGAUCAUCAAGACUUUGAAAAUUUACGAGAAACGUCAGUCGUCUAUUAAUGAAUCGGAUGUGCCUCUCAGCGAAGAAGUGUUCAAUACGAGCAUUGCUCAUGGCAUCCAUGAGAAGCCGUACUUUUGCUGCUGAUUUUUUUUAUUAAUACUCUUUUUUUUUUUUUUAACCAGCUUCAAUGUCAUAUUUGAAUAUGCCAAAAAGUACUCAAACAUUUAGAAGCCUGAGUUUUUUUACAACAGCCAGCAGUUUUCUAUCGUAAUGUGAGUUAUAUUUUUUUCUGUUUUACAUGGAUGAACAAUUUUUCAACAAAAUAUUAAACUAAAAUAGCACAAUUCAAUUAUGUACGUACAUAUGAAUGCAUAAUAAUACUAACAGAACUGAAUAGUACAAACAAUGAAUGGGAAACUAGUUUGCUUCAUGUUAAAUCAUGGAAUUUAAACUGACAACUCAUAAUCUUCUGAAUUUAGUUGAUGGCAUGGCUGAAAAUUUGUUUGAUAGUUCUAAGGUUGACAUAGUUAAAUUUCGCGUUGCUCAAUUUUAAGCUCAAACAACAAGUUUUUAAAUCUUGAAAGACUUUAUUAUUUUAGAUAAAUUACGUUUUAGACGAGAUUCGAAUUUUUUAUCUGCUUUAUAUGUAAAUUUAAUAUGAUUAAAUUUAUUCAAUCAAGAUGAAACGUUCAAGUGCCUUUGAAAAUUGUGUUUGCUAAGCUACUUUAUCUUGUAGCCAGCUAAAAUUCUGCAAAGACUGACAGCUUUUGUCGAAUUCGACGACUUCAACUGAAAAUGAAAUACUUAACAGAUGUAUAGCAUUUAUGUAGAUGAGCUUCAAUGUAGCAUUUGUCGAUAAUGCUACGUGAAUUCAAGCCGGCAUACAUUUUGCAAGGAAUAAUAACUUGUAAAAGUAUUGAUUUUGUAAAGACGGCAUAAAGUACCUGACCAAUAAUAACGUGCGGCUUUUGUGAUAUUUUUUUACGAUUAUGUAUACAAAGUUUCCGCAUGGUGCUGUAUCAAGGACAAAUGCUAAGAAUCAAUGGAAUAU